AUGCCCCAACUCGCUGCUGCCAGAUAUGGCAAGGACAAUAUCCGCGUUUACAAGGUUGAGCGCGACGAGGCUACCAAAACUCAUACCGUUGUUGAGAUGACAGUAUGCGUUCUCCUCGAGGGCGAGAUCGAGACAUCAUACACCAAAGCAGACAAUAGCGUUGUCGUUGCUACCGACACGAUGAAGAACACCACUUACAUCAUGGCUAAGCAGCAUCCUGUGACUCCCGUGGAGCUCUUCGCGUCCAUUCUCGGCAACCACUUCAUUGAGACCUACAGUCACAUUCACGUCGCCCAUAUCAGCAUCGUUCAGCACAGAUGGACCCGUAUGACCAUCGAGGGCAAGCCUCAUCCGCAUUCUUUUUUCCGUGAUGGUGCCGAGAAAAGAGUCGUACAAGCAGACGUGUCCCGCCAGGGUAUCGACAUCAGGUCCGGCAUCUCGGAUCUGCUGGUGCUGAAGAGCACUGGUUCAGAGUUCCAUCACUUCGUCCGCAACGACUACACCACGCUCCCCGACGUCUAUGACCGCAUUCUUAGCACCUCUGUCGACGCGGGAUGGAAAUGGAAGACCUUCCCCACCCUCAAGCAGGUCAAAUCCGACGUUGCCAAAUUCAACCUUACCUGGGAGAAGGCUCGAGAGGUCACGUUCCGCCUUUUCGCCCUUGAGGAGAGCCCCUCGGUCCAGAAUACCAUGUACAAAAUGUGUGAGGAGAUCUUAGCUGCCGAAGCUACUGUCCACGCUGUUGACUAUUCGCUUCCCAACAAGCACUACUUUGAGAUCGAUCUGAGCUGGCAUCACGGCCUGAAGAACACUGGAAAGGACGCUGAGGUGUAUGCGCCUCAAUCAGAUCCCAACGGCCUGAUCAAGUGCACCGUCACGAGGUGA